AUGAUGUUUUCGGACGAAAAAUAUGCUCAGCGUGAAGCUGAUCGCGAGCGGAGAGUGAAUGAAGCCAGGGCGAGUGUUCAGAAGGAGCACGAAAAAAGUUACUCAGCUUUGAGAGAAGGGCAAGAAAAAGAGCUGAAGCGGGAGAGAUUGAAGUCCACGAAGCUGGCUGAAGAGAAAAAGGAUGAACUGUUGGAGAUUAGAAAAAAGCAAGCCCAAGAGCUUGCCGAAUUGGAAAAGCAGAUUGAAGCGAAUGUCAAAGAGCAAGUCCAAAACCGUCAGCAAGAGGGAAAAGAAGAAGCUCAGAGAAGGAAGGAACAACUUGAAAAGCAGCAGAAGGAGCUGGAAAAACAGGCAGAACUUCGUCGUGCGCAACUGAACGACUCCUCCAAUAUCAUCAAAAAUGGAGAGAAGCUCCGUCAAGAGUGUUUGAAUCGUUUGAGAGAAGAUCGGAAGAAGGAACAGAAUGAGAUGACCGCUCAACUUCUGGAAAUGAAUCAAAAGUUGCACGAGACAAGAAUCAGGGGAGAAGAACGUCUUAAAGAAUUGGAUGAGAAGAAGAUUGAGGAACAGAAGCAGCAGUUGUUGAGAAAGGAAAGAUGGAUUUUGAAUGGAAUCGCAAACUCAGAGGCGCUCUCCAGAAGUCUGGCAAUUGAAGACGGCUUCGAGCGAUUCAAACAACACACGGUAACUCUCAGAAACAAACACAGAGGAUUCAACAAUGAGUAUGAUACAAUUGAGCCACAAUUGCUCAAAAUGCACGAGCGUAUGAAGAAAGGAAAGGAACUCGACGACUGCGAUAUGGAUGAUUUGACCUCGGCACUUCGAGUCUUCAGAGAUCAAGCGGCAGUUUUCAGCGCCGAGGGAUCAACCGCCGAAGUUGUUUUCCAGGAACUUAUUGGAAAACUCACAGUCCUUCUUAGAGAACUGAUGGUUGAAAUCAACAGCAUCAAAGCUGCUUUUGAUGAUUACGAAGAAGAAGAUAGACAAAUCAACAAAAAUGGAAUCGCCGAGCCACUUGUCAAAACUUCCCAGCUGAUGAAGGAAGUUGGCGUUUUGAUGCAACAAUUCAAUGUCAUCGGCCGAGACCAUCUUCAAGAGACUCUGGCUAUUCAAAUGAAGCAAGCUCAAUCUUCAAAACAUCAGGCUCUUGAAGGACCACCCGCCUAUGGACCUGAAAUGAAGAAAUCUGUGGCUGCUCUCACUGAGAACUAA